AUGGUAUAUGCCAUCCCACUCAUUAUUUUCAUGGACGACGUGUCGGGCAAUGUGUUAAAGCAGUGGAAUAAGCAUCACGCCAUUUAUAUAUCCAAUGCCAACUUGCCGUGUGAGAUGCUCGAGAAAGAGUUUUUUGUACGAUUUGUCACAUCAUCACCUCACACUGCACCAAUGGAACUCAUGCGAGCAAUGAAAGAGUCUAUCUGUGUUGCAGCUGAAUCUGGCAUUGUUGUGUGGGACUGCAAGGACAAUCAAGAAGUGAUGCUUAUUCCAUAUGCAUUGUUCGUCACUGGUGACAAUCCCAUGCAGGCCGAAGAGUGCAGCCAUGCAGGGCUGAAUUGUAAUUAUUAUUGCAGGACGUGCGAGGUUGGUGGCAUGAAGGAAUAUAAAGAAUCCGAGGCUGGAUAUAACAGCAUAUUCAAUUCAGGCAAUACCCGAAUGCCGGAGGAGACUUCGAAUGUGAUCCGACAGCAAUUCGAGACUGCAAUACUUUCAGGUGCCUCGGAGAAGGUGAAGAAUUCUAUGUCGUCGACUGGUAUUUGUGAUAUGGCUUCAGCCUCCAUUCUCAACACACUGCUGGAGCUUGGCAAAAAACUCAGGAAACGCAUAGCAGGUUCUCUGGCACUACCUGAAAACGAAGUCAGGAUCGCGCUCGAGAAAGAGUUUGAGCAGCUCUUGCAAGGCAGAAGGCUCGAUGAUGCUAUCAAUCCCUUACUGAGAAUGCAUGUACUGCUUGGCAUCGUUAAAUACUUCUGGGGGCAGACAGUGUUUCUCCUCGAGAAAUCUAAGCUCCUGCAUCUCUUCCAGAACCGCCUUGAGACCGUCAAUAAGGAUGCGCUAAAUUCUCCUUGCCUCAAUGCCGACUACAUCUGCCACUACAAAGGCAGCUUGAUCAGCAAGCAUUUCAAGAGUCUGGCGCAAGUAAUGCCAUUCCUCAUUUACAACCUUGUCCCACUGAUGGUCCUCGAUGGUUGGACAGUUAUGGGCGAACUUGUUGUCCUCGUCUGCCACAUGAAGAUGGCAAAGUUAACACAAAAAAUCUGA